GUCCCUCCAUGCAGAGGAGCUCCUGCUGGACGAGGAGGAUGACAUUUUCGGUGAAGGACUGCCGACCAGACUCCCAGAAAUCAUGCUGGUAGGAUCCCAGUCCUUCUCUCCAGGAGGGCCCAAUGGGAUCAUCAGAAGCCAGUCCUUUGCGGGGUUCAGUGGACUUCAGGAAAGACGGUCCAGGUGUAACUCCUUCAUCGAAAAUUCCUCUGCUCUCAAGAAGCCCCAGGCCAAACUGAAGAAAAUGCACAAUUUAGGGCACAAAAACAACAACCCUCCCAAAGAACCUCAGCCUAAAAGGGUGGAGGAGGUCUACAGGGCAUUGAAGAAUGGACUUGAUGAGUAUCUGGAGGUUCACCAGACGGAGCUGGACAAGCUGACGGCACAGUUAAAAGAUAUGAAGAGAAACUCUCGCCUGGGGGUGCUGUAUGACCUAGACAAGCAAAUUAAAACGAUUGAAAGGUACAUGAGACGCCUGGAGUUCCAUAUUAGCAAGGUAGAUGAGCUCUAUGAAGCUUAUUGUAUCCAGCGACGCCUCCAGGAUGGUGCCAGCAAGAUGAAGCAAGCCUUUGCCAGUUCCCCAGCCAGCAAAGCCGCGCGGGAGAGUCUGUCCGAGAUCAACCGGAGCUUCAAAGAGUACACAGAGAACAUGUGCACCAUUGAGGCGGAGCUGGAGAACCUGCUGGGGGAAUUCUCCAUCAAGAUGAAAGGCCUGGCCGGCUUCGCUCGCCUCUGCCCCGGAGAUCAGUAUGAGAUUUUCAUGAAGUACGGCCGGCAGCGGUGGAAGCUGAAAGGCAAGAUAGAAGUCAAUGGCAAGCAGAGCUGGGAUGGAGAAGAGAUGGUUUUCCUGCCCCUGAUAGUGGGGUUCAUUUCCAUUAAGGUCACAGAGCUCAAAGGGCUGGCGACGCACAUCCUGGUGGGCAGUGUCACCUGCGAGACCAAGGAGCUGUUUGCAGCCCGGCCUCAGGUGGUGGCCGUGGACAUCAACGACCUCGGCACGAUCAAGCUCAACCUGGAGAUCACCUGGUAUCCCUUUGAUGUGGAUGACACGGCGCCAUCGUCCGGCGCAGGGAACAAGACGGCGGCCCUGCAGAGGAGGAUGUCCAUGUACAGCCAGGGCACCCCCGAGACGCCCACCUUCAAGGAUCACUCCUUCUUUAGGUGGCUGCUCCCUGGCCCAGACAAGCCCCGCCGGCUGUCUGUCUUGAGCACUUUGCAGGAUGCUUUGUUUGCCAAGCUGCGCCGCAGCCGCUCCUUCAGCGACCUGCCCUCCCUCAGGCUCAGUCCCACGGCCGUGCUAGAGUUUUCUUCGAAUCUGCCCGAUGACAUCUUCGAAGAUGGAAAGGCAGCCGAAGAGAAAAUGCCGCUGUCUCUCAGCUUCAGUGACCUCCCCAGCGGGGACUGCUCCCUCACCCCCGGCCCAGCAGGCUCUCCCCGGAGCCCUGGCCGGGCAAAUCCCGAAAUCACCAUCACCCCUGCAGAGCUUCCCGCGAGCGAGGGCCCGGAUGACAGCAGCUCAGCCUCUUCCAGGAACUCCACGGGAGAAGGCUGCAGUCCCAGGCCCCGACCGAGGGGAGACACGAAGGCGUCCGAGCCACCUGAGGCUGCCGGGCAGCUGGCGGGGGCUGCACCCGAGCACCUGUUCCUGCAGGAUGCUGUCGCCCAGGCACUUCUGCGAGAGUCCGAGGAGGCCUCUGAGCUCAAGCCGGUGGAACUGGACGCCUUUGAAGGGAACAUCACGAAGCAGCUGGUGAGGAGGCUCACCUCGGCGGAGGUGCCCCUGGCCGCCGAGAGGCCGCCUUUCGAAGGCUCUGUCGGGGGCGACUCGGAGGGCUCCAGGUCCUUUCUGGAUGGAAGCCUGGAGGACGCCUUCCAUGGGCUUUUCCUGGCCCUGGAACCACACAAAGAACAGUAUAAAGAGUUUCAGGAUCUGAACCAAGAAGUCAUGCAUUUGGAUGAUAUUCUCAAAUGCAAGCCCGCAGGAAGCCACAGCAGGUCUUCCAGUUUCAGCCUCACAGUUGAAAGUGCUUUGGAGAGCUUUGAUUUCCUGAACACCUCUGAUUUUGAUGAGGAGGAGGAUGGUGAUGAGGUUUGUAACAUUGGAGGAGGUGCAGACUCGGUAUUCUCUGAUACUGAGACUGAGAAAAAUAGUUACAGGUCAGUUCAUCCAGAAGCCCGUGGGCACCUUAGUGAAGCGCUGACCGAAGACACCGGAGUUGGGACGAGUGUGGCUGGAAGCCCUCUCCCCCUGACCACGGGGAAUGAAAGCCUGGACAUCACCAUCGUCAGACACCUGCAGUACUGCACCCAACUCGUGCAGCAAAUUGUCUUCUCAAGCAAAACCCCAUUUGUGGCAAGAAAUCUCUUAGAGAAGCUUUCAAGGCAGGUCCAAGUGGUGGAGAAACUGGCCGCCGUCAGUGAUGAGAACAUAGGAAACAUCGGUUCCAUCGUCGAAGCCAUUCCAGAAUUUCACAAAAAGCUGUCUCUGCUGUCAUUCUGGACCAAGUGCUGUGGCCCAGCUGGUGUGUACCACAGCUCAGCCGACAGGAUCGUGAAGCAGCUGGAGGCCAGCUUCGCCAGGACCAUCGACAGAGAGUGCCCGGGACUGGCAGGCCCAGUGUUCCGAACGCUCGUGUCCCAAAUUCUGGACCGGGCUGAGCCUCUGCUUGCCACCAGCCUCUCCUCCGAAGUGGUCACCGUGUUCCAGUUCUAUAGUUACUUCUCCAGCCACGGCGUGAGCGACCUGGAGAGCCACCUGAGCCAGCUGGCCAGGCAAGUCUCUGUGGUUCAGGCCCUGCAGUCGCUGCGAGGCGAGAAGCUGCGGCAGACUGUGAGUGACGCGGCUCCGGGCCACCUCCCGGCCCAGCAGGAAGUCCUGGGGACCCUGGCUGUGCUGCUAACCGGGGGCGACAGUGAAGUAAGCGAGGCCGUGAUGCUGUACUUGGCAGCCGCUUCCAAGAACGAGAAUUUCAGGGAAAAGGCCUUGCUCUAUUACUGUGAAGCCCUGACCCAGACAAACCUGCAGCUGCAGAAGGCGGCCUGCCUGGCCCUGAAGAGCCUCCAGGCUACGGAAAGCAUUAAGAUGCUGGUGACCCUGUGUCAGUCGGACACCGAGGAGCUCAGGAGUGUGGCCUCCGAGACCCUCUUGUCCCUCGGGGAAGCUGGCCGCCUGGCCUAUGAGCAGCUGGACAAAUUUCCUCGAGACUGUGUAAAAGUCGGAGGUCGCCAUGGGGCCGAAGUGGCCACGGCCUUCUGAUGACGCAUUCGCUCUGCCCAACAGCCGGCUCACCGCCUGGCCCUUGCCCGAACGAGGUACUGUACCCCUGCUGCAAAGUGUUUCCAGCGUGAAGGUUUCGCCGCUGAGGUUGUCUGGAGAUUGAGCAUGUGGCCGGAAGACUUGUGAGUUCAGAUUCACAGAACCGAUGUACUUUCCCUUUGGCUGACAGCAUAGGGCUGUGUACAACUCAGUAAACUACAUCAUCGGCUGUGUCGACAAUACUCGAUGAAAGCAUUUACCGUCUUACCUUGAUAGGUAUGAAAUUUUAAAAUCGCCAUCUUUGUACUUUUUUGGAAAUUCUAUAAGCU